UUAUAUAUAUGAAAACCUCAAGUCUGUUUGGAUUUUCUGUAGAGUGUAGUCCUAUGGAAUAAUAUUCAGAUCUUCAUAAAAGUUGCAAUUUGCCUUUGGUGAAAAUACAGUUACAAAGGUGUCCUUCUAGGUAAAAGAUGGCAUCGUAUGUAGAUAUGAGCUUAGAUGAUAUAAUACAAAAAAAGAAACGAGGAAAUCAAAAUAGUAAUUUCAGAAAAACCGGCAAACCAAAAGGACCUCGGGUAUUAAAUCUAGAUAUAAUUGAUGCUAGGAAUAAAAUCGUCUCUAAGAAAAGGACUCAAAUUAGAGAUGCAAGAGAAAAAUUAGCUGAACUAGCUAAACAAAAGGAUGCUCGAUUAAAAUUACAACAAUUGAGGGCGAAAAAGGCUUCAAAUAAACCAUCAGGAUCACAUGGAAUACAAAACAAGCAGAGGCCAAUGAAAACAUAUAUAAAAAGAGAUAGACUUUUUACAGACCCGUCUCGUCAAGUUGUAUAUCAACCCUUACAAAAUAAAAACUUAGGAAGGAAACAAAGAAAUAAUCAAAGAUUUUUAGAAGAAAGAACAUUUGCUUCAACUUCUUUGCCCAAGUUACCGAUAAAGCCUAUAGUGCGUACCAUAGAGAAUGAUCUUGAAAUCAUUGAUGAUCCUAUGGGUGAAGAUUACAAUCCUGCACCCAUAUUAUCCAAUAGAAAAGCUAGCCUACAGCUGAAAAUAAUAGCACACAACAGUGACAACCAGAGGAUGGCAAUCAGGGAAAGAGAGAUAAGUCCACCAAGACCACCGUCAAUUCUAAAAAAACGACCUAUGGCAGCUUUGCGUAUGGAAAAAUCUGAAGAGGAUAUUGAAAAACCUCCUCUUGAAUACAGAAUUAUUGUUAGCAAUUUACGCAAUACUGUUACAGGAGGUGACAUAAAGGAAUUAUUUGAUGAUGUUGGUGGUAUGCUAGAAUCUCGUCUCGUUAGACCUGGUACUGCUGAGGUAAUAUAUAAAAGUCUGGAAGAUGCACAGAGAGCUGUGGACUUGUAUCAUAAUCGACAAUUGGAUGGCCAACCCAUGAACUGCCUCCUUGUCACUCCGAGAACUACAUCCAAAAGCAGUUCGAAACCAGCUCUAAUAAGCAGCAAUUCCACCGUAGAACCGGAUUUAUCGACUUUUCAUAAAGUGCUCUUUAGUCACUUCUAGAGUUAAGACUGGCGACGUAAGUAGGCAGGCUUUUUGCACGCAUUUUGUCUUUUGAUAUUAAUUGAUAAUGUAUGAUUAAAAAAUAAACAAUUAAAAUCGA